GGGUAAACUUUCACGUUGGGUAGUUAGCGACACAGUUAUAGCCUCUUAAAUGAAGUGUUUACCUGCAUUAGAAGCUUGUUUUCUCAACUAAACAGCUAUACUUAAACAAUAUUAAUGCCACUGACUGGAAAGCGGAGGGUAUAUGACAAUUAGCGACUCUGGUUUAAUAUAUCUAGAUAGCACCACCUGACAGAAGAGUAACGCGUGGACAUAACUCCACAAUGGCUUACAGGAGAGACAGGAGUAUCCGUGAAGCGUACGAUGAACAUUUUCAUGGGGACAGAGCGGUGCCAUAUACAAGAAUGGUAAAUGUAGCUGACAGGCGGGGUGAUUUUGGAAGGCCAGACGAGGAGUAUCCUCGCGACUUUGAAUACGACGGCCCACGCUAUUACCCAAAUGGAGGCCCGCGAAGUUACCACGGGGAGGAUCACAGGAGCUACCAUACUGAUAACAUGCACUUUGGGAAUAUGCGGCGAAGCGGCCCGCCUUCACGACGGGAUGACGGCUACCAUUAUUACAGGGGACCCAGAGAAGACCCUCACGGAGGUCGGCAGAUGGAGUUCAGAACCAACAGCAGAACGGGCCCCCAACCCAACGUUAGAAAUCAGGGGUUGUAUCCCACUCCGAGAAGCUUGUCGGCAGUAGUCCCUGAUGGUGCUGAUGACACGCUAAUGCAGGCCAUUCUGAACUUGGAUCGAGGGGACGACCGGGACCACUUCAGGAGGAAAGAGUCCUUCCCUCCUCAGCGAGACCGGUCCCCGAUCAAGAGAGACAUCCCUCCCUCCUCUCAUAGCCGCUCCGGGUCCAGCCUUAGCAGCAGGAGCUACUCUCCAGAAAAGAGCAAGAGCUACUCCUACCAGACCCAGCAGAAGAAGAGGUAUGAAGAGUCUUAUUGCCAGAACCGGGAGCCCGACAAAGAGAGGCCGUCCAGCCACUCCGUGAACACUUCGAGAGACGGGUCUCCGCAGAGCUCCACAUCUAUUUCAAAGAUGACCAUAGAUAAGGGCAGCAGGUCUGUCGAUCUGCACCCCACGGAGGCGCUGCAGGAGAAAGCGGAUGAAUCGAUCAACAGAUCCAGUGAUGGCCCCGAGGCUCGCACGCAGUUUGAGGAAGCGCACGUGUUAGAAGGGGAACAGGAGGAGAUGCUGCCAGUCAAGGAUGAAGCGGCCAAGAUGAAAGAGCGACGGUCGCAAGCCAUCGCAGCCAAAGCUCGGGAGAUUGAACAGGUAUACAGGCAGGACUGCGAGACCUUCGGGAUGGUGGUGAAGAUGCUGGUGGCCAAAGAGCCCAGCCUGGAGAGGCAGCUGCAGAACCCGCUGAAGGAGAACCUGAGCGAGAUCCGAGAGCGCUGCCUGGAGGACCUCCGGCACUUCAUCUCCGAGAUGGAUGAGGUGCUGCUGCAACCGGACACCUCCAGCUGAGCUCCAGGAGCAUCAGAGCGAAGCCCUCCAGUCCGUGUUGAGGUGACAAGCCCCCUAUGCCAUCCACCGGUCACCGGUCACGUUUCUGUGUCUUGUGAAAACAGCUCACGUUUCUUCACUUGUGUACAUUCCAGUGCUAACCUUGUCCAUCUCAGGUUAAUUGCACAUGUGCACUGCCAUGUCUGACACACUCGGGUGUUCGAUGACAAGUUUUUCAGGUCAGCAAGAAGGUACUUAAUCUAGCUGACUCUUAAAAUGGCAUGAAACCUGGUUCAGUCCUUAACCCCUUAUAAUCAUGCUGCCUGAAUGUUUUUUUUUUGUACGUACAGUAUAUGGAGAAGAAAGUGUUCACCUGUUAUUUGUUGGAAUAUCAGGUAUUAUACCUCUUACCUACCUUAUUAUCAAUCAUUCAUUUCCUUAACCAUUUCUUUCUAUGACAGACUGACUCCCAGUGUCCUUAUGUAGAUUUUGGAGAUGUUGGAGAAAAUGUAGGUUGACUAACUGCGUAAACAUACAGCAGCAACAAUUACUUUAUCCUUCAGUUUCCUGGUCAUCUUUUUAAGACUUUUGAAUGUGCGUUUGUAAAUAAUAAAAAGUAAUUAUGUGCAGGUCCUUUUCUUGUAAUUUUU